GAUAAAUCACCCGCCGCUUAAAACACAAAGGACGAAGCAAGAAUUAAAAAAAGAAAUAAGGAAAAGUCCCGGGCUAUUUUUCUUCCGAGCCGGACCAUCGUUUAGCUGGCUCUCAUGAAUAUGACAUCAGCGGACCGCGUGCUUGAUUUAUGCGGCCACGGCUAUCCAUCAACCUGACCGGGGUAACCUUAAAAGUCCACUUUCCCUUGUCGACGGACAACCUUUCUGUUCCAGCCGUGUUUGCGAAUUGAGUAUGCAUGAAGUUUCGAUCGGCGAUUUAUUAAAUCUAUGAGGUCGUGAGGUUUACUCACAGGUCGCUUUGAAGUUGCGUUAUUUUAGUUUGUAUAGCGAUCAGGUGUUUUUAACAGUUCAUAUAAUCAAUGCACCUAUAAUCUGAAGUGAAGUCCGAACCGUGAAAGUGCUUAAUUAACAUCAUGAAACGCAGACCUUUGCCGCCGGUCAGAGAAGAGACUACCGCAAAUACGUGGAAGACUUUAUGCGAGAAUGACUGGGCCAUUUACACUUUAGUCGCGUCAGUCGGUGCUUUGACAUACGCAAAUAGUUUGCAUGGUGAUUUUGUGCAUGACGACAUCCCGGCCAUUGUUGGUAAUGGUGACGUGAACGGUGGUAAUAGUGUGUUAGGAGUGUUUGGGAAUGACUUCUGGGGGACUCCGAUGUCGGAUGCAACAAGUCACAAAUCGUACCGGCCGCUAACCACGCUGUCCUUUCGACUAAACUACAAGCUAUGCGGUCGCUCACCGUGGUGGUGGCACGCUUGCAACAUCGCCCUGCACGCCACGUGUUGCAUGCUGGUUGCUCGCGCGGGCGCUGUCGUGGCAAAGUUGCAACGUCCGUUCGCAGCACUAGCGGCCUUGCUGUUCGCUGUCCAUCCUGUGCACACUGAAGCAAAUCAGAAGCAAGAUGACUUAGUCGGUAUAAGCGGGCACGUUUUACCAGUCAGUGCAGACGCGUAG